GGGCGGAGAGGGAGGAAAACUUCCUGGCUGGGACUCUGGCGGUUUCUGCCUGCCAGUCCUCCGAACCCGCCUACCAGUGUUGGCUCUUCCCGACCCCGCCCCCGGCGCCCCCAGUGUCCGCCAUGGCCAAAGCCUACGACCACCUCUUCAAGCUGCUGCUGAUCGGGGACUCGGGGGUGGGCAAGACCUGUCUGAUCAUUCGCUUUGCAGAGGACAACUUCAACAACACUUACAUCUCCACCAUCGGAAUUGAUUUCAAGAUCCGAACUGUGGAAAUUGAGGGGAAGAGGAUCAAACUGCAAGUCUGGGACACAGCUGGCCAAGAGCGAUUCAAGACAAUAACUACCGCCUAUUACCGUGGAGCCAUGGGCAUUAUCCUAGUAUAUGAUAUCACAGAUGAGAAAUCAUUCGAGAAUAUUCAGAACUGGAUGAAAAGCAUCAAAGAGAAUGCCUCUGCUGGGGUGGAGCGCCUUCUACUGGGGAACAAGUGUGACAUGGAGGCCAAGAGGAAGGUGCAGAAAGAACAGGCCAACAAGUUGGCUCGAGAGCACGGAAUCCGAUUUUUUGAGACGAGUGCCAAAUCCAGUAUGAAUGUGGAUGAGGCUUUCAAUGCCCUGGCCCGUGACAUCUUGCUCAAGUCAGGAGGCCGGAGAUCGGGAAACCACAGCAAGUCCUCCAGCACUGACCUGAAACCGUCUGACAAGAAGAACACCAACAAGUGCUCUCUGGGCUGAACAUUCCUUGCCACCUCCUCACCCUGAACCUGGAGGCUAGACCUGAGGGAGUUGGGUUGAGGCUUUGCGGGGAGAAACUGGUGGGACCUAGCGGGGUAGAUGAACUGCUGACAAGGAGACUGAGGAGGAAGGAAAGGAGGAAGGGAAGGAGCAGGGAAAAGGACGGGGAAGGAACAAGGAUGUGAACGUUGGAAGGGUUUGAGAAGGGAAAGGAAGAAGAGUCGUAUCUGAUCUGGGACUGACCUUGGGUUUAAGGUCAGACAUUGUGGCCUUGUGCUGAUUGCUCUGUCUGGUUCAGGUUAGGGUCCUGAGAGGCUGGCUCAGCACUACUCUGAAGGUUGCUCACUACAUGGUCUUUGUUAGCAUUAAAGGCCACUCUUUUGCAUGAA